GUUCCAGUUUGCAUGUUGGCCCACUACUACCAUCCUUGACUGCGCUCACAUACACAGACUUGUUCUGAACACGCAAAGCCUCCAUUUGUCACAAAGGACGGGCGUGGAGCAAUUGGCAUUGCUAUAGCAUCCAUCUGGUGGCAUAUUGGCAGUGAACGACUUAGGUGGCUGCAAAGAAUCGCGACCAACUAAACAAUCGUUUGCACAUAGCGCAAGCACGGCAAGUGUCACGCCUUUUAAUACCCUCGAAUACGCGCAUAGUUUCGUAUACUCUUGCUUUGCACGCCGUCGAAUAUCGAUUCAACCGACAAAAUGCCAGUCUCAGCUUCCAAGGCUAAGCGUCAGGCCGAAAAGGCAGCCAAGGCCGCGGCCAAGAAUGGCUCUUCAACCGGCACCUCCAGUGCGACCGGCACAACGAAUGGAACGUCGGACACGCCUCUCACCAACGUUUCUGCUGCGACGUCUUCGGAGAACCUGCAUGCUGAUGGCACCAUCACUGAAAUGCAAAAGCUAGCUCUCGCCACAGAGCGCAAUGCAUCCGGUGUCCUCGUAUCGGACUCUCAAUCACGCGACGUGCACAUUGACAACUUCACCAUGUCCUUCCAUGGGCGCCUGCUCAUCGAUGGAGCGCAGAUCACCCUCAACUUUGGACAGCGAUAUGGUCUGCUCGGAGAGAACGGGUGCGGAAAGACGACCUUGUUGGAUGCGCUGGCUCACCGAGAUGUGGAGAUUCCAGAGCACGUCGACAUUCACUUGGUCAGUGGUGAGGUGGAACCGACUGAGAAGAACGGUCUGGAGUACUGUGUCGAGUCAGCUAAGAAAAAGGUGGCCAAGCUGGAGAAGGAGAUUGAGGAGGCGUCUGUUGCAGAUGUGGUCGAUGAUGUGCUUUUGGAACGCCUCUACGAGGAGCUAGACGCGAUGGACCCAUCGACGUUCGAGGCCAAGGCCGGCUCCAUUCUCCAUGGUCUCGGCUUCACUGCUGAGUCGAUGAAGAAGCCGACGAAGGACUUAUCUGGUGGAUGGAGGAUGCGUGUCGCCCUAGCGCGUGCCUUGUUCAUCAAGCCUCACAUGCUCUUGCUCGACGAGCCGACUAACCACUUGGACUUGGGCUCGGUCGUCUGGCUCGAGGCAUACCUCUCAACGUACCCAAACAUUCUUGUCCUUACGUCCCAUUCAGCCGACUUUAUGGACACUGUCUGCACGAACAUCAUGGAUCUGACGCAGGACAAGAAGCUGGUCUACUAUGGUGGUAACUACUCGACGUACGUGCGUGUAAAGGCGGAGAACGAGACCAACCAGAUGAAGGCCUACCACAAACAGCAGGACGAGAUUGCCAAGAUCAAGCGCUUCAUCGCCAGCGCUGGUACAUACGCCAACUUGGUCAAGCAGGCGCAGUCGAAGCAGAAGAUCAUCGACAAAAUGGAAGCUGCCGGCCUUGUGCAGCCCGUUCGCGAGCCCAAGAAGCUGCGCUUCCACUUUGAAGACAUCCGCAAGCUUCCUCCGCCCAUCAUCGCUUUCAACGAGGUCGCGUUCAGCUACAGUGGCAAGGAGAAGGAUUUCCUGUACAAGGACCUGAACCUGGCCAUCGACAUGGACUCUCGCAUCGCCAUCGUCGGUGCAAAUGGUACGGGUAAGUCGACGCUGCUCAACCUGAUCACCGGCGCACUGUCGCCAGUCAAAGGAAGCGUGCAGCGACACGCUGCACUGAAGCUGGGCAAGUACUCGCAGCACUCGGCGGACCAGCUGCCGUACGAAAAGUCACCGCUCGAGUACAUGGAGGGCAAGUACGCGGAAAAGUUCCCGAAAAAGGACAUGCAGUUCUGGCGCGGGCAGAUCGGUCGCUUCGGUCUGACGGGCGCACACCAGACUAGCCCGAUCCGCACACUGUCCGACGGGCUGCGGAACCGAGUUGUCUUCUCGCAGCUGUCCAUGGAGAACCCACAUGUCCUGCUGCUCGACGAGCCGACGAACCACUUGGACAUGCUCUCGAUCGAUGCGCUCGCGAUGGCCAUUAAGGAGUUCGAGGGUGGUGUUGUCAUCGUCUCACACGACUUUAGACUGAUCUCACAAGUUGCCGAGGAGUUGUGGGAAGUCAAGGACAAGAAAAUUGAGAACUUGACCAAGAUGGACAUCAGUAUCACCGACUACAAGAAGAUUCUGAUGAAGGGCAGUGCCGACUCGAUCGAGAAGGCCAAGCUUGUCGCCAAGAACAUGAAGUGAAGAGGCGUGCACUUGCACCUACGUCUCGCUUUUCAACUUGCGCACUACACUCCUUUACGUUGUCGAUGCCGCACUCCUGCAUCUUUCGCAUGAGCAAUGGCCUCACUUCCAUGGCCGCCUUGUAUACUAUUUCCUUCAAAAUCAACAUGCUCAUUAUAG